GUCUAUUCCCUGUUGUUGACAUAAUGGCUGAAGAGCAGCAAGAGACUGUUCAUAAUCUAGACCCAGCAAGGAUCGUCAGAGGCUUCCAGAAUACUGCUGGGUAUUGGCGUAACCUGUUCGGAUUCCCUAAUGAGGAGGAUAAGAAGCUAUCGGACGACCCUCAGGGGCUCAUACCGGACCCUGAGGCGGAGGUCAUGGCCCAUGUUGCUGUUAAGUGUGCACAGAUCGGUGCUGGUGUGGGGUUGAUUGGCUCGUCCCUAGCAGCCCUAGCUAUGGGCAAGCCUCAUCUAUAUCGGAAGGCCUUCAGUCCUACCUGGUCUCUGGGUGGCCUUUUCGUCCUUACUCCAGUCAUGUGGUAUGGUAGGAUGGUACGUGGUAAUGUGGACUAUGAGGGCUUCCUAGAUAGGGCCUAUAGAAUAAGAUUUAAUCAGCACCAAGUCAUCACAGACCGCUGUGCAUUGACGGGCGCAGCUAUUGGAGGGGUCCUUGGUCCGAUACAGGGGCUUGGCAUGUCUAAGGGCCUCGUAUUUGGAUUCCUCGCUGGUACCUUUGGUGCGGGACUAUACAACAAUUUCGAGGCUAUUGAGCAUAAGGUCGUGGGCAGGCCGGAUGCCGCGAAGUCGUGAUGCCAAUUCUGUUGAUAAUUGUGCACAGGCCUAUACGAAGCUAUACGCCGAGUAUAGGUAUUCUCUUGUGCUGUAUGAAUAACAUUAUGUGAUUUGAUGAUAAUGAUGACCUCAUUUCUGUGAAGAGAGUCUGCAA